AUGCGAGUAAUUAUAUACAAGUGAGCCGUGGAAGUGUGUGCAAGCAUUAGUUGCGAACAAGUCCCCAACUAAAGACAAAAUUAAACUGCAAAAUUCUUCUAUGGCUUUCACUCAAUUGGCAUCUUUUCCUUUCUGCACUAUCUUGCCACUUAAAACUCGCACUUCCCUCCCAUUAUCAAGCACCAAACGCCUUCCAAGCUAUGUACAUGCUCAACACACGAUUGCCACCAAAAUUCCUGAUAACAUUACUACCAGGAGAUCUGCCAACUACCCACCUUCUAAAUGGAGUCAUGAUUUUGUUGCGUCCUUGAAAAAUGAAUAUGCGGGAGAGCCGUACACCACAAGAGUUAACAAGUUGAAGGAAGAAGUGAAGAUGAUGCUUGAAAGAGCAACAAAUCCUUUGGAUCAGCUUGAGAUAAUUGAUACUCUGGAAAGACUUGGAGUGGCUUACCAUUAUGAGGAUCAAAUAGGAACAAAACUGAAGAGCAUAUACGAUAAUAUUAUUGACAAACAAAGGAUGAAACAGGAACCACACUUGUAUGCCACCGCUCUUCAAUUCAGACUUCUAAGAAAGCACGGCUACAAUGUACCUCAAGAGGUUUUCUGUAGUUUCAUGGAUUUGGAAGGAAAUUUCAAGGCAUCCCUUUGCCACGAUGUGAAGGGACUUGUUUAUUUAUAUGAAGCUUCAUACCUUUCCUUACCAGGUGAGGCUAUCUUGGAGGAGGCACAAAAAUUUUCAUCCAAGAAUCUCAAAGCAUAUCUGAAAAAGGAGAGCAAUUCUAGUACUAGCAGUGAUGAUGCUAAAAAUUAUCAUUUGAAUAUGGCGAGGCAUGCCCUGGCGCUUCCUUUGCAUUGGAGGAUGCAAAGGCUAGAGGCCAGAUGGUUCAUCGAUGUUUAUGAGAAUAGCCCAGAUAUGAAGCCUAUUCUUCUUGAACAUGCAAAAUUAGACUUCAACAUGGUCCAAGCCGUUCACCAGCAAGAUUUGAAACAUGCUUCCAGUUGGUGGAAGGUGAGAGGUCUUGGUGAAAAGUUGGCUUUUGUGAGGGCCAGGCCGAUGGAGGGCUUCCUAUGGACUGUCGGGGGAGUUUUCGAGCCUCAAUAUGGACAUUUCAGGAGAAUUCUAUCGCAAGUUGGUGCACUUAUUACUGUAAUCGAUGAUAUUUAUGAUGUUUAUAGUACCUUAGAUGAGGUGGAGCUAUUUACAGAGGCUGUUACGAGAUGGGACAUCAGUGAAAUGGAUAAACUUCCGGACUACAUGAAAAUAUGUUUUCUUGCUUUGUACAACUCCAUUAAUGAAAUUGCAUUUGAUAGUCUUAAGGAGGAAGAGCUUCACAUCACUCCUUACCUGAAGAAAGCGUGGGCAGAUUUAUGUAAAUCGUACUUACUGGAGGCUAAAUGGUAUCACAGUGGGUAUACACCAAGUCUACAAGAAUAUUUGGAUAAUGCAUGGGUUUCCAUAUCUGCACCACUGCUAUUAGUCCAUGCAUAUUUUGCUGUCCCAAAUCACAUGACGAAGGAGGCUUCAGAAUGCAUAUUAGAUUAUCCUAAUAUAGUUAAAUGGUCGUCCCUGAUUACAAGACUUGCAGAUGAUUUAGGAACAUCAAAGCAUGAACAAAAGAGAGGUGAUAAUCCUAAAUCAAUUGAAUGUUAUAUGCAUGAAAGUGGAGCUUCAGAAGCAGCAGCUCGUGAACAUAUACAUUAUUUGAUUAGUGAAGCAUGGAAGAAGAUAAAUGAAUAUCAAAUUGGAAAUACAGCAGUCUUCUCGCAAACUUUCAUAAGAAUGGCAAUGAACCUAGCGAGGAUGUCUCAGUGUAUGUACCAACAUGGAGAUGGAUUUGGUGCUCAGAAUCUGGAGACUAAGAAUCGUGUGAUAUCUUUACUUGUUGAACCGGUUUCUCUUACUAGCAAAGACUAGACAGUUUAGAGCAAUUCAUUUCGUUCGCAACAUUAUCUUAAUAUUUCUAUAGUUUAGAGCAAUUCAUUUCGUUCGCAACAUUAUCUUAAUAUUUCUACAAUUUUCCUCCAUUACUUGGCUACUAUGCUACUUAUAAGGAUCUGAUAUGUUAUGUAAAACAGCAUCUUAUAUUUUGAAAUUUAAUCCACUUGCAUAUUUAUUUCCAAUUAAA